CCACCACGACCACGUUUCGUCACCUUUAAAUCUCAAACUGUGGUGGUUUUAUUUCAUUGUGGCGGUAAUUUUGCAGUUUGUUUUACGGCGUGAUAUAAAAUGCGUUGUUCGGAUUGGGGGCGUGUCUCCGAGCGCGAGCUGUAGGACUCAUAUCUUUUCCAUGUUAUUCAGUGACACUUUUAACAAGGAUACUUUGACUACAUCAUUUAGUAGUCAGACAGAUGCACCCAAACGCCUAUUUCUGGAUAAUAUAGUACGCAGAUUAGACCGCUUUUCACAACAUGUAACGUUAGGUACAUGCGCGAUAUUUGGUCUCCGUGAGGGUUUUCAGCAGUAGCAGUGCGCUUUCAGUUCCCCUUUCUAGUGUAGCUGAACGGGCCCGUCUCAUCUCGUAAUAUCCUGAAACAUGGAGCACACCGGCUGCGUCAACAUCUGCAGUCUCACCAGCACCUUACCGGUGAUUCCGUAUCGGAAACUAACGGACCUGCACUACCUCAGUAAAGGAGGCUUCGGGACCGUGUUCAGGGCGCAGCAUAGUGACUGGCGCACAACGGUGGCGAUCAAGUGCUUGAAACUGGAUUCACCGGUUGGUGAGAGGGAAAGGAAUUGUUUAUUGAAGGAAGCUGAGGUGCUUCACAAAGCUCGAUUUAACCACAUCAUCCAGAUCUUUGGGGUGUGUAAUGAGCCCGAGUUCUUCUGCAUUGUGACUGAGUACAUGACCAAUGGAUCACUGGAUGAGCUCCUACAUGAGAAAGAUAUGUACCCAGUGGUGGCCUGGACAUUGAGGCUGCGUAUUCUUUAUGAGAUCGCUUUAGGAGUAAACUUCCUCCACAAUAUGUCACCACCCCUUCUACACCAUGAUCUUAAAACUCAGAACAUCCUGAUGGAUGGGGAGUACCAUGUUAAGAUAGCUGAUUUUGGCUUAUCUAAAUGGCGCCAGCUCUCUAUCACUAAAGGGUCCGGCUCCAAACCUGCCGAAAUGGGAGGCACAGUCAUUUAUAUGCCACCUGAGGAGUACGAACCUUCCAAGAACCGCAGAGCGGAUGUCAAAUAUGACAUGUACAGUUACGCCAUCAUCAUGUGGGAAGUGCUUUCAAGACGGAUACCAUUUGAAGAGGCCACCAAUCCCAUGCAGAUCAUGUUCAGUGUUCUCCGAGGAUCUCGACCCGACACGGGCCUGGACAGUCUGCCAGCAGAAAUUCCCAGUCGAGAGACCCUCAUUAACCUCAUGACUUGCGGCUGGACCGCUAACCCAGAUGAACGGCCCUCCUUUCUCAAUUGUCUUAUUGAACUGGAGCCCAUGCUGAGAAGAUUUGAUGAGAUUGAUUUCUUGGAAGCAGUGUUGGAAGUGAAACGAACAAAGUAUAUGAGGCCAUCAAGCUGCUACUCAUCAACUCAAACAAAUGAGAAACUAAUCGAAGAAAAGAUUGUGAAGGAGCAAAACGUCCCUUGGCCAGACAGCAGUUCCACAUCCAGCUCUUCCCAGGAAGCAGAAAUAUCCCAUCCUGGCUGCCUUACCAUAUCAAAUCCCUCUCAAGGUGUGUCAGGUGCUCAGGCAUCAUUAAUGUCCCUUCCACUUGAUCCUCCAAAGCCUCUUGUGGACCACUGCUCUCGGAACAACCUCAGCCCUGAAUACCAGACGGCGCAGCCCGUGUCCGACCUCAACAUACCUUUCAAACCGCAUGCGUCACAGAGUGAAAGUGACCUGGCUCCUGUCAUACAACCCCUCACGCUGCAGCCACAUCCACAAGAUUUUGUCACAGCAUUGGACACUCAAGGUCUGGCGGCUCGCUGGAUUGCUGCCCGAAGGGAGGAUGUCGUGCGACAGAUGACGGAGGCGUGUCUCAAUCAGAGUUUAGAUGCUCUGUUGUCCCGUGAGCUGCUGAUGCGCGAAGACUAUGAACUGGUCGUGAACCAACCCACACGUACUGCCAAAGUGCGGAAGCUUCUGGACACUUGCGAGCGGCAUAGCGAGGACUUCUGCCGCGUGGUGGUGCGGAAGCUCCAGGACAACAAACAGAUGGGCCUGCAGCCCUACCCCGACCUCAGCACCACCAGCCCUCCGCCUCCACCUUAUACCAUCCCCAGUGCCCCCUUCCUCUCCAACUCCUUCAACACCACACGAAACUUCUGACCUUCUCCCAACUCUCUGUGAGCUCUGGAGCUCUGUGAGUCCUUCUUUUCAGUUAAGGAUGGUUCCUGUUCACAUGCUCUUACAUUUGUGCUGCUUGGCCGAAACGUUGUGUGCCUGGACAAGUGCUUUUGCCCCUGUGGUUAAGGUGUUGGUGCCUAUGACUCACAACUUGAAUGGUUGCAUCGUACAAGACUGACUUCGGUCAAAUAACCACUUGGCUUGUGUUGACUUCUGAGCUAUACUGGUUGUUGGCGUAAUGCCUAAAUCCUUGUUGACAGGGACGCCUAUUUAUGCAGUACAGUGGUUUGACAUUGUCACGUUUAAACCUUUAUUCUAGCCAUCAAAAGAAUCUGGUUGCUGCUACUCGGAAAAGCAGUGAACCGCAUAAGCAAUCGAUUCUAUCUUGUCAUUUGCACUUUCCAUGCCAGCAAAUUUAGUAAAAUAGAAGACUUGAGGUAAAGUUCUAAAGACACACCCUCCUAUAAUGCCAAGAAACGUCCAAAUUACUGCACAGUUGCAUGUCUGGACUUGAUGAUGAACUCAUGUGAAUCAGCAGUUUUGUUUUUCCUUUUUGUAAACCAGUCCUUUUUUCCCACACUGGCACUUAGAGUCUGUCGGUUGUUUCGCUAUGUGUCAGGGUUGGUAGACGUUUUGCAGAUGUAGACCUUUGUCAGGGUAGAUGCAGUUAAGUCUGUGAUAGGUUGAAAGUUACAGUGUAUUCAAUGGGUUCUACACUAGAAAAGUCAACAAAUACAUCUUGAGAAUUAGACAUGACCUUGAACAUUACGACAACACCAGCUUUUGAACAUGUUGCAUACUGUAUAUCGUGGUAUAUCUUUUUCAUUUGCAUUACUUAAGAAGUCCAUUAAAUAAAGUCCAUUGGCACACCAGUAGUUUAAUGGUUUGGCCACGAAGGGAUAGUUCA